GUAAGAGGGCUGAAGAUUGAUAUACAUAAAAGUACUCUCUUUUUAUCAGAUAAAUCGAUACGUUAAGAGGGGUACAAUGCGAUUUUGGAAUGUAACUUAACAGGUACCUACCCUAAGCAUAAUGUUACAGGAGGCUAUUUCCAAAUGGAGGUACAGACAAUACUUGUACUGCAUAGCUGCGUUGCUGUCAUUUACCGCCUCUGAAAUCCAUGGGACAUGGAGUUCUCCCUUCAUCCCUGAACUGGAGUCUGAAAAUUCGCCCAUUGGCGUACAACUAGCCACCAUGGAAUCUGCUCUAGUUGUAAGUCUUUAUAACUUGGGUUUAUUUGUGGGAAGCGUUAUUACACUACCUGCAUACGAUAUUUUUGGUAGGAAAAUAAUGUUUGCUGUCGCAAAUGGAUUAAAUUUAAUCUCUUGGGUUUUUAUAUUCUUUGCUCGUGCUCCAAUUACGUUAUAUAUUGGAAGGAUUAUUGCUGGAAUGGGAGCAGUUAUAUGUAUGCAUGUUUCACCAAUGUACCUUGGUGAAAUUUCGGACAACGAUAAUCGAGGCAAGUUGGGAUUUUUUUAUUCUAUUUCAAGUAGUUGUGGAUCUGUUAUCGGAUUGAUAAUAGGUCCGUAUGUAUCCUACAGGACUUUCGCAAUCAUGGCAUUCUGUGUGGUAUUAAUUGCAAUUGCAUGCCUUCUACUAAUUCCGGAAACGCCCUAUUUCCUCAUUAAAAAGCACAAGCAUGAAGAGGCAGAAAAAGUAAUAUGGAAACUUGCAAGCAAUUCCUCUGACAAAGAAUUUGUGAAAAAGAGACUGGAGGAAAUCACUGAGUCUGUACAGAAGGAUAUGCUGAACAAAACGUCGAUAAAGGAACUUCUUUGCAGUGGAAAAUAUACAAGGCCUCUACUGCUCCAUGUUGGUUUAAAUUUCCUUUUCUUCAUGUCGGGUAUCGCGAUCGUCAGAUCAUAUUUGCAAACAAUACUCAACACAAUCGAAAGCCCAAUAUCAUCCAAUCUUUCAAGUUUAAUUUUCGGAGUAGCUAGCAUUAUUUCUGUACUCAUUUCUGGUCAAGUGGUGGAUCGAUUGGGAAGGAAGCCUCUCUUGCUUACUUCCUGCAUCGUCAGUGCGAUUUCUAUGUGUUCUCUCGGGGCGUACUUUUACAUUAACGACACUAAAUCUUUUGAUAUGCAUGCGGUGACAUGGUUACCAUUGGCCAUUCUAAUCGUCUAUCAAAUAUUCAUUGCCAUUGGUAUCAAUUCCGUACCUCAAGUGAUUGUUUCCGAACUGUAUCCAAUGAACGUCAAAGGUAUUGCGAUAGGAACAAUCGGAACACUGCUUAAUCCUUUGAGUGUAAUCGCUCAAAUGACCUACGAACCUCUGAACGAUUGGUUGGGAUUGUAUGGUUCGUUUUGGAUGUACUCUGCAUGCUGUAUUUUCGGUAUUUUCUUUACAAUAUUCUGUUUACCUGAAACAAGAGGAAAAUCUUUUCAACAAAUACAAAUGGAAAUCAACAAGAAAUGGGUGGAGACUGAUGACGCUAAGUAACAGUGAGGAAUUUUGUUCGAGUUAAACUUUAACCAAAGCAUAAUUUAUGUAAAAAGUAAAAUGUUAAUGGCAAAAGCAG